ACCAGGCACUACCCACGACACACGGGCGCAGCCAGCAACACCAACAAACUCUUUGUAUAUGCGGUGCAAUAUUGUACGUUAUUGAUGCAUAAGUUGUGCGAGUACUUGAUUCGAACGAAACGCAAUGGAUCGGGAAGUCUGUUUCCCGACGUUAUCCCAACCGCGAAGACACUGAGAACAACUGCGCCCAUGACAAUAUUUCACGACAAGCUGGUUUAUCCUUAAACCCUUAAGCGCGUCAUAAGACUUGGAAGCCACUUCUGGAUAUCCAAAAGACGGCGUCCGGCCGUCGGGUGAGGUUGCCUGGGCUCAAGCCCCGCCGGGACUCCACCAUGGAUAUCGGCGACUACGGGACAAAUGUCGUUUGUACAUAUGAACUUAACUCGAUAGCAUACUCGUAUUUCGAAUGCCCUUCUGAAGAAACCUCGGUUUCGACGGGGCUCUACAAGCUUGUCGCAGAGUUGCAGCAAGUCGGAAUUCUCGCAGCCAAAGAUAAUAAGAAGGCUGGGCUAUGGAUAUUUGAGACUGGGGAUAAUGCUGAGCCCGCUUCUUCGCCUUCGGGCGGUGCUCAAUUGUCAAGUCGCGCCUCAAAUCUAGGCAUUGAUUUGACAUUGAAACACAGCGGCUCAUACGACUCCAACGCACUGCUGGAAUCAUGGAAAUCUUUAUCGAAGCCUCCGACAAAUACUAUAUCAAGUCCUUCGACAGAUUCUGGCGAGCCUCUAUCACAAAAAGAAUCGUUCGAAAAGCACUUCCGAGCUGCCCAAGCAGCAAUAAUGAACAAGGAAGCGUCUGUCAACAACUCCCUCAUAGGCCUGAAUAAUGAUGACGGCACGCUUAAUCCUACACUGAAAGAUAGAGCCCGACAAUUCCAGCUACUUGCCCAGUCAAGAUUGCGUCUACAUAUUCACGAUUACUUUUUGACGGCCGUGUUUUUAUCCUUAGGAUAUGCACUUUGCCUUGAUCACGGAUACAUCCCUUUAAGCUCUAGGACGCUGGUUGUGCCGAAAUCAAACCUCGGCACUACAGGGCCGCAGACAACCACCCAAAGCAAUAACGGAAACGGAGACGAUCGCUUGCAGCUUGUUACCCUGAGCAGCGAUUAUACCGGUAGCAAGGUGCUUGUGAUUAAGGCGACUCUCACCACAUCGACGAGCUACAUUGGCUGCGAUCUUCCACGCUUUGUGAAGCAUGAAGAUGUACCUAUUCCUGCUAAUGCAACUUUGAUCCUUGGCCCUGGAGGAUCUACUGGCAAUUUCAAGGGCCUAGCGAAUAAUGGGUUUCAAUCCACCGUUUCAAAAUAUGCGACAGGUUCAGACGAGACUCAACACUCAGGGAAUGAAGGGCAGUCCUCUAUGUCUCACCGGUUGAGAAGUCGCUGCUUGGAAUGGCUUGUGGGCAAAGGGAUUAACAAGGAGCGUCUUGAAAAUAGUGCCUGGUUUAUGGUUGGACUUUACUUGAACCAGCUCACAAACAAUCCUAGGCAGGGAUUGUCUGAAGAGCGCGUAUUAAUUCCAUGGCCUUCGUUUCUCUGCUUUCGGCAGACAGAUAAUACGUUAAGUGCGAAUGAUGCAUUUGGAACGUUGAGCACGUACGAUCCCCUUGGAUUUGCGCAGACUUGGUACGCUGGACAACAGGACAGAGAAGCAACAAUAAUUAGGAGGAAAAAAGAGCGUGACGCAGCAGAAGCAGUUGCCAAGGUGCAGGCGGACAGUGAAGCUCAAGAUUUACAUUCUUUGUAUUCUCCGCUGGCUUUACGAAGAUCUAGCGUGGCUGGGUUGGUUUAUCCAACACCACCGGAUGGAGUACAACAUACAGUGGGCGCCACUCCCACCUUCGAUGAAGCUGUGUCCACCCCUGGCCAGCAAGGCCUGCCGUUAUCAACAGAUGCAAGUAACUCGUUAGUUACGAAAACUGAAGCAGAUUCAAAUGGGCCUCUGGAUAUUGCCAGCCACACAGAUUUCGAUUUUCAAGAUACAAGCAACGGUAACCUGUUUGGCGACGCCGGCGAUGAUCUCUUCGGCGAAGAAAACGAUAUUACAGAUGCAGAUUUCAGCUUUUUCGAUGAGCCGGAUAUAUUUCAAGGAAAUCAAGAUGUUGAUAUGCCUGGUCAGGAUAAUACUGCUGGAGUGGUCGAAAAUGAAUUGACCCUUAGUCCAAAGGAUGACUUAAAUAUGGGCGAUGUUCCGGAAAUGGCCGAUGUCCACAUGGGUAAUACAGAUGAAUCACCCGUCGAAGAAAGUCUACCCCCAGACUUACCUUCUGAUACCAACCCCGCCCGCCAGAUCGAAAUUAAAACCGAGCCGAGCUUGGAAGGUCCAGAGACAUCUACGGACGAGCCUAGCCCACCCUUGAAGCCCGAAUAUGUCUUUGGGCGGCUGUCCACGUUCGAUGUAUUCUCGAAGCCUCUUCUGACGAAGCCACAAGAAGACACAUCAGCAAUUGUACUGGAUCCAGCCGGUUCAUUUGGUGGCGUUGAUUUCAAGGCGUUAUUUGCAUCAUUGCACCAAAAGUAUGGGUCCCAUGGACGCUUCAUUUAUCCGCCUCCUAAAGUCUUACCAAAUACGUUACGAGCGAAGUUUCCAACCACAGACUACUUUAAUCGACGCCGCCGUCGUAAACUGGCCGGUAAAUCAUCUAUUGUGGGAGGCGUCCAUACAGGCACAGACCAUCGCUUUCUUGUGCCUGGACAAGCAAUCACCUUUGAGCAACCCGCCCAGCGAGGCUCACGUAGCCCCAGUCCAUCAUCUGAUCAAGAUGACAGUAGUGAUGAGAUGGACGGUAGCUUUACACACAAUUCUUCCAGUUUAAAACGGAGACACCAAGUUGAGGAUAAUAGUGAGAGCAAUGAUGAUGAAGAGAUAACCUCAUCAUUUCAGGAGCUACAAGUCAACCAGGCUGACGAGACCAAUAAUGCCACUUUAGACACAGUUUAUCCAUUUGCCUUGGAUUCAGAUUUCACCAGAUGGUCUGCGGCCAUGUUCUUAGCCUGGCCAAAUCCAUGGGCAAAUGAAUAUACAUUGACGGACGCAGAGUAUAUUGCUGCAGCGCAAAUACUCGGUGAUCAGGCAAUAUCUUAUACACUCCGAUACCCAAACGACGGCAACAGGCAUUGUGGCUCACUGGAGGGAAACAUUAAGGCGACGUACACUCCUGAUCUUAUUCGUCAAGAUGUUGUACUAGCCGCCAAGAAGUAUUUCAAGGGUGCUAACCCUCAGACGUUAUCAAACUUCCUAGAUAUGCAAGGCGUUCCACGACAAUUGGCUGGCAUUAACCGUCUUCCUCCACGCCCGAUUCCGAGUUCUCAAGGGAGUCAAGGGAGCCAAGGUUCAAGCCCGGCAAAACCCAACCCUAUAUUUCCAUUGCCGUCGCCACAUCUUCAAUUGCGGAGAUCAGAUUCGAGGCUCAGUGUUCUUCCGUCGGCAUUGCCGUUUUGGGAUGUUCUUGGACUUGCUCCUCGCGGCAAUGGCAAACAUGUAACGUCACUGUGCGUGUUUCCUAAAGCCGUAGGCAUGGCGGAGAGCGCAGAUCUGUUCCUUGAGAAUAUAAGGAGCGCAUACGAGACGAGAAGAUUAGGGAGCCACGAGAGGCUGAAUACAGAAGGCUCUGUCAAUGGUUUACUCCCCAUAGAGCUUGGUGGUCAGGCAACACGAUUUGCAUCCGACCAGGGCUUGUCUGUUAUCCGCGAAGCCUUGUUCCAAGUCGCCAAUCUAUUGGCAUCUUCAUCAGCUGAUAGCACCAACUUUGUGGUGUAUUUUGUAUAUGACCCCGAAAGCCCAGACAUCUUGGUUCCAAUAUGCUCUGCCUUCCAUAGCAUGUUUGAAGUAUACAAAACUGCAAUGGCGGGCAAGACGGUAUCCAAUGAGUUGGUGUUGCAGCUUGUGCCAUUGAACUUUGUUAGCGCACGCACACAUCUCGUCGUCUUACCUCCGACAGAUUAUACAAGAUUGGCCAUGGAGGUGUACGAUCGCUGCUUCGAUUUUCAGGCUGGGGUUGCAUCGCCUUCGGUUGCCAUCGAACCUCCCCUGCCACGAACUAUUGAUUUCAAGUUGACGGCGAAUCCAUCGGCGUCACUUCUACAAGAAAACUCAUGUUUGCAAAUUGCCUAUGCUCAAAGCAUAGAUUAUCGUUGGAUCACAGCAGCUUGGUCUGACAACACCGGGAGUGACCAAAUGACGGCCUCAUAUUGUCUAGGGAGACAAGAUGCCCCGUUGACAAGACAGUUCUCCGAUAUUGCUCAUGAGAUCUGGGAGACUACGCUCGAUAUCAUAGCGUCUAAGAAGGUUCACUGGCGCGUCAUAAUCGCUAAAUGUGGCAUUAUGGAGGCACAGGACGUACGGUUCUGGAAAGGCUUGUCUGAAACAGAACGGAAUGCCCAAAUAUCUUUAACACUCCUUAGCGUUGAUACACAGCCAGCACUACAACUUCUACCGCCUGGCCUUUCAAUACCAGCUUCGACUUUAGCAGCUCAGUCAACAUUCUAUACCACACCAGUGUCAACUCCUCAACCAGCAUCAAUACUCUCUCCUGAUCAAUCAGGCUGUACUCCUACUGCAACCCCAACUGAUGGAACGGGCGAACUCAAGAUUGAGCCUGACGCCACGCUCAUCGACCUUACCAACCAAAGCUACGGUGCUGUGCUUGCUCACCGGGUCAACAAUUCAAACAGUCCCCUUGAAGUGCGCCCAACAGCGAUCAGCGGGUACCUUAUCAAACGCACCGGAGCGUCCAGUUCCGACGUACCUGCCGUUAUGGAGGUGAACAUAGUAUGGACGGAUAUAAAUCCUCGGCUCGCCGAGAACCCCCUGAAGGAGAUUUUGGCGUGGUAUAGUGGCCUAGCGACUUUAGCUAAAGCCAGGGGAAUUGUGGAUCCAGUUAAGGAUACGAGACCGUGGCAUAUAGCAGCUGCGGAGAAGGCUGUUCGAUUGCUUUAUUUGCUCAUGUAGCAUUGUUUUUUGGGACGGUUGAUUAUAGGUUGGAUGGCGUUAUUUGUUUAUUAAUUCGGGAAGGCGAGCAUACAUAAAAGAAACGUAUAUAUAGCCCAUUUAAAUAUACUAAAUCCCAUCU